AUGGUAGCCGUUCAGCGAACUACCAUUGAGGCCGUUUCGGCGGUUCGGCCUCUCAAAAUAAUCUCCCUAAUAUGUCUCGUCAUCGCCAUCGGUCUCCUCAUCGUCGCCCUCUGCUCAACAUCUUGGCUCAAAACUGGAUCAUUCCGAACUGGACUCUUCAAAGAAUGCACUUCAUCCAACGAACCAACUCAUGCGGCUCCAUUCCCAGGUGCCCCUGCACCAGGACACUGUCAUGGACCAUCUAGAAAUCAUGGAUUCCUGAUUGCCGCCGCCGCUCUUCUUUUCGUCUCCCUAUUCUGCACAACUCUGUCGGCUCUCCUCAAUAUUGUUGGACUCAGUAAAUCAGAUGUUCGUGGAAAGUAUAGAUGGUAUCGAUUUGCAACUAUCUGUUCUGGUAUCGCUGUGCUCACUGAGCUCGUCGCUCUCAUCAUGUUCCCCGCCGUCUUCUACGUGAACAUGAACGAAUACGGUAGCCGCAGGAAUUGGGAAGUCGAUUGGUCAUACGGAUUGGCCUGGGGAGCCACUCUUUUCACACUUGGUGCAUCGAUUAUGUUGAUUUGUGAUAAGGAACACGAAGAGGUCUAUUAUAAGGAGAAGACGAUCUACAACCCACCGCCAGAGCUCUCUGAUCGAUAA